GAACAAUAACAUAACAGACGAACCAAGACGAAAUACAGAUAGACGACCAAAAUUCAAAAACCCACGUUGAAUCGUUGAUAUUAUAGUAAAAAGAAAACUUACUGAACAUAGUGUGGAUAAGGUUUUAUUACCUGCUAAUAUUGAUUGAAAAUGUUAGAGGGAUCUCGGGAAAAAACAAGCCCCCAACACCCUUCUGAGUUAGAUGUUUCUCAACUCAAUCGCACAAUAGUUUCAAUUGAAUAUCCUGGCCGGGUUAUUAAUGACGAUGAAGCGUUCAGAACCAUGGGUGGACUUGGAAUGAUGUCAGCUGUCCAUUCUAAAGAAAAUAGAAAAAUUGAAUUGCGAUUUAGACCAGAUGACCCAUUUUGUAAGCCAACUCAUGGAGAACAGAUCCAGAUGUCUAACUUGCUAUUUAAAAUUGUAAAAAAAACAAGGAAAAACAGAUUAACUCAGAAAGAAGAAAUAACAUACCACACUGAACUUGAAGGUGUCAUUAGAAAAACGUACAAAUUUUUAGGUUUGUGUGACUUUCAAUACCUUCCAAUGGUAGCCAAAGCCAAUACUGAUGGAAAAGAACUUGCUGAUAAGUUUAUGUCAAUUCUUGAGCUGGUUGCUCCUCAAAAGUUAGAAAGUCUGGAAUGGUUGCAAGAAGCUGCCCCAGUGUUCAUGUCUCCUCCAGUAUUCUCUCGGAUGGACUUGCCAGUUGAUUACCACUUCAGGAAAGAUACUGUGAAUGCCUUAGGAAUGCAGUAUGAUGGCAACGUAAUUGGUCGACUUAGAAAAAAGCGGGCUAUGCAAACAAUCUUUCUCGAUUACAGUGGAGGGCCCGCACCAACAAAGCCUCGCGAUAUGGCACUUUGUAACCUCACCGUCCGUUUCAUUAUGCCAGAUGACCUGGCCUUAAUAAAAAGGAUGUUUGAAGAAAGACCCGUAUGGACUAAAGCUGCUCUUACAUACCAUGUGGCAGGCGUCGAUAAAAACUCCCUUCGUUUUAUUUUGGCAUCCGUCGCUUACUACUUCACCACUGGUCCUUGGAGAAACGCAUGGGUGCGUAUAGGGUAUGAUCCACGUAAAGAUCCUGAAGCUAGGAUUUAUCAAAUACUCGAUUUCCGCAUCAGCCAAAACUAUAGAAACAAAGUGAUCCCUAAACGAAGUUAUUCCAAAUACAACCAACCACAUAAAUAUGCUAGCACAAUGCGAACCAAAACAUCGUCCAUUCGACAAACUGCUGAUACCUCCUCCACUUCUAGUAAUGCAGUAGAGAAGAAAGGGGAAAACUCGUACGUCUAUCGACCUGGCAUGAUUCCACAGUGCAGGCAAAUGUUUUAUCAGUAUCUUGAUAUCUUUGUCCCGGAAAUCAAAGAACUCCUUUCUUCUUCAGUGGUGUCUAAAACUUGCGAUGAACGUUACGGUUGGUACCCGUCUCAUGUUGAAGAUGAAACUCGCAGGAUUUUGAACAACUACAUCAGUGACAGUUUUGCACAAUUAAAUCCUGAGAAGAAAAGAAAAAAGAAAAGCAAGGUGCAGGAAGAUGCUGUGGGAGGUGAAGAGGAUGAAGAUACUCAAGAUAGCGAGGAAGAGGAUUUGCAAUUGGAUGAUAAUAACCUGGAAGAUUCUGGUGAUGAAGAGGAUUCUUCUGGCGAAGAUGAAGAUGACGAUGAAGAAUACAAACCAUCGGGGAAGAAAUGACGAUUCAAAUUGUACCUAAUGAAUAAUACAUGAAACAUGAGAGAGA